UCUCCGCGCAGCUCCUCCGUGCUCCGCGCCGCCGGGACAGGGCGAUGGACAUGAACAUGAAGAAGUUCACAGUGCGUCGCUUCUUCUCCGUCUAUCUCCGCAAGAAGUCUCGGUCAAAGAGCUCGAGCCUGAGUAGAUUUGAGGAAGAAGGUAUCGUGAAGGAAAUAGACAUCAGUCAUCAUGUCAAGGAAGGUUUUGAAAAAGCAGAUCCUUCUCAGUUUGAGCUGUUGAAAGUAUUAGGACAAGGUUCCUAUGGAAAGGUAUUUCUAGUCAGGAAGAUAAAAGGAUCUGAUGCAGGCCAGCUUUAUGCCAUGAAGGUACUCAAGAAGGCAACUCUGAAAGUUCGGGAUCGGGUGCGAUCUAAAAUGGAGAGAGAUAUUUUGGCAGAAGUGAACCAUCCUUUCAUAGUCAAGCUUCAUUAUGCAUUUCAAACAGAAGGAAAGUUGUAUCUAAUACUAGAUUUCCUGCGGGGAGGGGACCUUUUCACCAGACUCUCCAAAGAGGUGAUGUUUACAGAAGAGGAUGUCAAGUUCUACUUAGCUGAGCUGGCCUUGGCAUUAGACCACCUCCAUGGUCUUGGAAUUAUUUACAGGGAUCUAAAACCAGAAAACAUUCUUCUUGAUGAAGAGGGUCACAUUAAGAUAACAGAUUUCGGUCUGAGUAAAGAGGCCAUCGACCACGACAAGCGGGCGUACUCGUUCUGCGGCACCAUCGAGUACAUGGCCCCGGAGGUGGUGAACCGGCGCGGGCACACGCAGAGCGCUGACUGGUGGUCCUUUGGCGUGCUCAUGUUUGAGAUGCUGACGGGAUCGUUACCCUUCCAGGGAAAAGACAGGAAGGAGACAAUGGCACUCAUUCUCAAAGCCAAGCUGGGGAUGCCGCAGUUCUUGAGCAUAGAAGCGCAGAGCCUGCUGCGAGCCCUGUUCAAAAGGAACCCCUCCAACAGAUUGGGUGCUGGGUUUGAUGGAGUGGAAGAAAUUAAACGCCACCCUUUCUUUGUUACUAUAGACUGGAACAAACUGUACAGAAAAGAAAUCAAGCCCCCCUUCAAGCCCGCGGUGGGGCGGCCAGAAGACACCUUUCAUUUUGAUCCAGAGUUCACAUCUCGGACCCCCACAGAUUCCCCAGGUGUUCCUCCAAGUGCCAAUGCUCAUCAUCUUUUCAGAGGGUUCAGCUUUGUUGCCUCUAACUUGGUGCAGGAGCCUGCUCAGCAAGACGUGCACAAAAUCACUGUUCACCCAAUUGUGCAGCAGUUACAUGGGAACAACAUUCAUUUUACUGAUGGAUACGAGAUCAAGGAGGACAUAGGGAUUGGCUCCUACUCAGUGUGCAAGAGAUGUGUUCACAAAGCUACAGAAACGGAGUUUGCAGUGAAGAUAAUUGAUAAGAGCAAGAGAGACCCCUCUGAAGAAAUUGAGAUACUCUUGCGAUAUGGACAGCAUCCAAACAUCAUUACUCUUAAAGAUGUCUAUGAUGAUGGGAAAUUCGUGUACCUGGUGAUGGAGCUGAUGCGGGGAGGCGAGCUGCUGGACCGCAUCCUUCGGCAGAAGUGUUUCUCGGAGCGGGAGGCCAGCGCUGUGCUGUGCACCAUCACCAGGACUGUGGACUACCUACACUCUCAGGGCGUGGUGCACCGAGAUCUCAAGCCAAGUAAUAUCCUCUACAUGGACGAGUCAGGAAACCCAGACUCUAUCAGGAUCUGUGACUUUGGGUUUGCCAAGCAACUCAGAGCGGAGAACGGGCUGCUCAUGACUCCCUGCUACACAGCCAACUUUGUCGCUCCUGAGGUCCUCAAACGCCAAGGUUAUGAUGCAGCCUGUGACAUUUGGAGCUUGGGGAUCCUGCUGUACACCAUGCUGGCAGGAUUCACUCCUUUUGCAAAUGGACCAGAUGACACCCCAGAGGAGAUUCUGGCCAGGAUUGGCAGUGGCAAAUAUGCUCUUACAGGAGGAAACUGGGAUUCAGUAUCUGAUACUGCAAAGGACAUUGUGUCUAAGAUGCUUCAUGUAGACCCUCAUCAGCGCCUCACAGCAGUCCAGGUCCUGAGACAUCCAUGGAUAGUGAACAGGGAGUACCUGUCUCAAAACCAACUCAGCAGACAGGAUGUUCACCUGGUUAAGGGUGCAAUGGCAGCCACUUAUUUUGCUUUAAACCGAGCACCUCAGGCACCAAGGCUGGAGCCUGUAUUGUCCUCCAAUCUGGCUCAACGGCGAGGAAUGAAAAGACUUACCUCUACCAGAUUGUAGCAGUACCCCCAAAAGGCCUCCUUGAAAACCCACAGUUUAUUAUUUGAGAAAUUCAUCUAUUCUUGGCUAGCUGAACUUUUUUGGACAACCUGCACACGAAAUUGCCAGAACUAGCAGAAGCCCACAUAAGGCAAAGUUCUCAUUUGCUACAUCUUUUCUUUUACAUUCCAGCCAGGGUCCUUGAGUUCAACAACUUCACAAAGAUGUGCCAGUUUUGCCAGUAGCUCUGUUUCUUUACUGAGAUAAAGCCAAAUGAAAUAGGUGAGCUCCAUCCUUUCCACCCUAGGAAAGCUAUUUUUGAGUCCAUAAGAUGUUCCAUGGGAACAGUUUUCAUUUUGUUUCUCAAGAAAAGCACUUUUUGCUAUGAAGAACGAGUCGGGUUAGAAUGCUGUUCCAGCAUGUGUCAUGAUGAAGUGACUUGGCUGGUCGCCGGUAGACAUCUACUGAUCUCCACUCACCCCAGGAAGAGUGAAUGCUGCAGGGACACACAAGUAACACCUUUUUCAGCACAAGUGCUAUACAACAUGAGGUAGAGAGAGCUGCUGGUGGUGGAAAUACCUUCUGUUUCUGAGGAAUCUUUUGCACUUUGCCCCUGCCUUCUCUGGAAUGAAGCUAGCACCUCUCAAGGAGAGUGUGCCACCAGUUCUGACUUGCUGAAAAGUCUCAGAGAGCAAAAAACCUCUGAGAAACUCGAUCUUCUGAGGAAAAGAAUGGGUCUUGUGAGACUGUGGGAAGGCAUUAGUGUAAAGCAGUGUGGAACAGGCAAGAGAAAGAUGCCUGGUCUUGGCCAGCAAGCAGGUCUGGGAGGAUGAGGUGAGGGGGCUGGGGAACUGAACAAAGGCAGGGGAGGGUGCGAGUGGCUUUGAGGACAGUAAGUAAAAUAAUCCAAAGGCAGCUAGAGUACAAGUGGCUGGGACAGACUGUGGCUCCCUCUCAAAGCAGGGACAGUCCCCCUGCAGUGGCUGGCGCAGAAGGCAGAGGGUGGCUGGGCUGCCCAGGGGCCAGGCGGGGGGAUGCAGCUGUCCUCCCACACAUCACCCAGCCUGCUCACCAAGAGCUGUUCUGGCAGCCAAGAGUGCCACGCUGGAGCAAGAGAGGCCAUUCCCAGCCAUCACUCCCUGCCCUCCCCUGGCUGUUCACCCAAACCUGCCUCCAUCACCCAGCCUUUCAUGUCCCUGCCUGGGUGUUCUGCUCUAGCAGAGCUAAACUCCCUCCCCAUUGCCACGUGUGUGCAGAGAGUACCCAC